AUGGAUUUAUGUCAGGAUACCGGAAGUUCCGCUGUGGAAGCUUUUCUUAACAACGUCGGUCCUGACGAGUUGCGCACACUGGCUGACAAGCAUGGAGCCGAAAUUACAUCCCUUAGAGGCCCGGUCCAACGGGCAUCAGCUUCAGCCCUAACGCUGAUCCCAAUGCCGUCACACAAAGAGCCUUUAACCAGCAAAAUUUUGCAGAAGAACUGUCGACGUUUUGAAACGAUCUCUCCAAAAUUACCCCUACUCGUCAAUUUCUCUCCGCAGCUGAAGGGGAAGACUGCGGUAGAGGUCAUCGACCUGCUGUCAGAAAAUUUCGAAAAGGAGCCAAAUGCAGCCAAACGUGCGCUGCUUCUUACAGCUAUAAAUCAGUACGGCUCUAGCAGUACAUGCAGCACUGAACUUAAGGAAGCCAUAAACAAAGCCAAAGCAAAAUUCCAUGAAGAGUCAGGAUCAGGCGACACGGACGACAUCUGGUUCAAUGUGUUUGCCGAUGUAAACUACGGCGGAGGAAGCCUUUUUGCGGAUAUAAACUAUACCUGGAGCUCCUGGGGCUAUUCCUAUGUUGGUGAUAACUGGAACGACAAAAUCUCGUCUCUUCAGUGCGGCUGCUCAUCCGGCGAAGUGGGCGGCUAUGUCAUACUGUUUGAAAAUGCUGGUUUUUUGGGUAGAUAUUUGACCUAUGCUCUUGACGGGACUUCUAAAAACUUUAUUGCCGUUCCAUUUGUCGGACGCAAUUUCAAUGACACCACUUCGUCCAUCUUGAUGCAGCGUCGCUACGCGAACGAGCUGGGGCCAAUAUCGGUUUGGUCUCUGGUACCCCCUUCAACAAUAACGAAUAUUGUCAACAAGCAGAGUCCAGAUGUUCGAAGUCGCGGAGAUCCGAUUUUCUCCUGGGACCUAUGGCCGAACGGCACGCGGAGUCCGGUUGUUGAUCCCCUCAAGCAAUUCAUCUAUCUCAAUGUCCCUGUCAGUGUCAACACUCACCAGUGGUUCUUUGGCGGCUGGUACGACUGCGAGGUGCAUUACUGGAUCUACCUGUACAUCGAUGGCAACGGCAAGCUUGAGGGUUAUGUUGCCUGGACCAAUUGCUGGGUCCAGGGUGGCCUCUACACCAACCAAGUCCUGCAGGGGCUGGCCAAACAAAUCCCAAGCACCAUCGGUGCCGUCAAUGAUCUCAUCUCCCAGGCCGUCGGCUACGCGAAUAUUGUCAACGAAGGCGAGAGAUUCAAUUUCCUCUACUACCUCCCCGGAACGGAUGCUGCGUCCGGGAAUACUAACGAGGGAGUGUCACUUGUUUUGGUGAAGUAG